AUGUACUCCCUGCAUAUAUAACUCUCUGGAUCAUACUAGUAUUUCAUUUCUAACUCCAAUAUUUUAGAUAACUAGAGUAAAAUGGAGACAUGGAAAGAUCUGAGCGGAAAAGUAGUGAUGGUGACAGGAGCAUCGUCAGGAAUUGGGCUAGAGUUCUGUCUCGAUUUGGCCAAAGCCGGCUGCAGGAUCGUUGCUGCUGCUCGUCGUGUUGACAAACUGAAAUCUCUCUGCGACCAAAUUAAUAGUAUUUCAGAAGGAUCCCGGCGUGCAAUCGCCAUCGAGCUUGACGUUGCUGCCGAUGGUGCUACUAUUGAGUCCGCUGUACAAACAGCUUGGGAUGCCUUCGGACGUAUUGAUGCUUUGGUCAACAACGCCGGCGUUAGAGGCAGUGUGAGCUCUUCAGUUGAAUUGACUGAGGAGGAAUGGAACAAUACCUAUAACACAAACCUCAGAGGGGCAUGGCUGGUUUCGAAAUAUGUUUGUAGACGCAUGAGCGAUGCUAAACAGGGUGGAGGAUCUGUUAUUAACAUCACUUCAAUGGCUGGUCUAAAUCGUAUAGCAGUACCGGGGACUCUUGCUUACGCAUCUUCAAAGAUGGCUCUUGACAUGGUCACUAAGAUUAUGGCGAUUGAAUUGGGAGGAGAGAAUAUCAGACUGAACUCGAUAUCGCCAGGAGUUUUCAAAUCAGAGAUAACAGAGAGCCUAAUUCAACAAAAAUGGUUCCAUAAUUUCCUUUUCAAAACCCUUCCUACUAGAUAUCUUGGGACAACAGAUCCGGGCUUAACAUCACUCAUCCGAUACUUAAUUCAUGAUUCUUCUGAAUACGUAACGGGCAAUGUUUUCAUCGUUGAUGGUGGAGCUAGCUUACCAGGUGUCCCCAUUUUCUCGUCACUCUAGAAAGAACUAGCUCAUCAAGUUUAACCACAAAUGGACAUGUUACAGCAAUACCAUAAUAAUGUUGGUUUUUUCUCCUUGUGUUUCAGUUACUAGUAUAUUGUACUUUCAAUUCUCGAAACAAGCACAAAUGUAUCUUAAUACUCGGCGUAGUUUAGUAUUAUAUUUUUACCUCCUGCUA